ACUAACGAACUCGCUUUCUUGGCGCAACAACACGUUAAAGUGUGUGAUAGCACCAAGCCGUAUCGUAUCAUGGUGUAAUUUAUUAUGCGCAAUAUUAGUUAAGAAUAAAAAUAAGAAAAAAAGCGGUGAGUAAUAAGGUGAAGACGGUGGCUUUGCUAACAUUUUAGCUCUGCGCUCUCAUUGAAAUAAUCUUAUCAGCAGGUCGCGUUUUUUUUCUUUUUUUUAAUUUAUUUUAUCACCGUGGCUGUAGUCAGGAAAUAUUUUCGUACCUUUUAUUUGAAGUUGAUUGAUCGAAUAAGUCGGUGCGAGUGCGGCUUCUUCGUGCCAAAGUGCUCAUCCAAUGUCCUGCAGGUUCUCUAAUCCUCAACAUCAGCAAACAUGUCRUUAGUCGCUUAUGGCAGCAGUGAUGAGAGUGACUCGGAGGAGAGUGUACCCCGUGGAGGGGGGCUGUUCUCCGUCCUGCCUGCUCCGAAAACAUCUGGAUCUGCAGACAGAAAGGGAGGACCAAAGCAUGCUGCAGGGGACAACAGGCCGAGGGAUGACUCAGUUCCCCAGCUAUCUACAGGAAGCUCCUUCUUAUCCAGUUUGCCUAAGCCGAAGAAACGAACCGAGCCUGUCAAGAUCAAUGUUCCGCAGGUCCAGAGACGGGAUUCGGACUCUGAUGAUGACGAACCAGCGAAGAAACUAAAAGCUCAGGGUGCAGGUUCAGGCUUGUCCUCCAUUCUCCCAAAGCCCAAAAACCUGACGGUGAAGGAGACGGACAGACCUUUGAUUCCUCAUACACUCACCAAACGGCAAGAAGCCAAAGGACCCAAACCUCCUGGCGCUCCUUCUCAGGGCCUGAUUGGUUCCAGUGCUUCUCCCUCCGCUAUCAAAGCUGCAGCCAAGUCUGCAGCCAUGCAGGUGGCUAGACAAAUAGCGACAGAAGAGCAGGACGAGGAGGACAUAAGUCCACAGAACUACUUCUCCCUCGAAGAGAGCUCCCAGUCUCGACCUGCGGUUGUCCCAAGUCCAGAACCCGAGCCAGAACCUCCUGCUGAAACCCGUUCUUAUUCAGCUGCCAGUGAGCCAGGACAGUCAGACGCCCCUCUCYACUUUGGCGGGAGCCAGGGUGCAGAAGGAGCAUGGGAGGGUCAAUAUAGUCAGUAUGAAGAGUCGGUGGCAGGCUCAGAGCAGGGGUACUAUGAGCCCUACUACCAAGAUCCUAACCCUGGAUUGGGAGAGGAUGAGGAGCCUGAACAGUCCGCCAUGUUUGACGAUGAAGCUUUCAUGCGACUGCAGGGGAAAAGAAACCGAGGCAAGGAGGAGGUGAAGUUCCUGGAGAUCAAAGGGGACGACCAGCUGAGUGGCAACCAGCAGUGGAUGACCAAGAACAUGACGGAGGAGAAGCAGAACCGGCAGUCGUACAGCAAGAGAAAAGGAGUACAGCCCACUGGACAACAGAGGCGCAAACAUCAGAUAACUUAUCUCAUCCACCAGGCGAAGGAGCGUGAAUUGGAGCUGAAGAACAGUUGGGCAGAAAACAGGCUAACCCGCCGGCAGACCCAGGCCAAAUACGGCUUCUAGUGGUCGUCACUGUGGACUGCAGUGGUUUUCAGAUACUCUGGAAAUAAAAACUGUUUAGAAGCAACAUGUAAAUAAACAAAGCAGAAGGUUCUUUCUACCCUCCA